AAAGCUCUAGAAACGUCUAGGCGGCGGAGUGCGUCAGCACUCCCAUUCUCAUCCCGAGAUACGCAACAAGAUCCGGAGGAGAGUCCACGAGAUAUAGGCGUCUGAACAGGUUCUGUUAGAUAGCAGUUCCUCUAAUACUAGUAUUAGUUUCACACGCCUGGUUUAUCUGCGAUAAAGAAGACGAUUUCAACCCGAAACAUGCAUCCAGCAACUGCCAAGUGGUACGACAGGAGGGACUCCGUUUUUAUAGAGUUCCUUGUUGCAGACAGUAAAGAUGUUAAAGUCGAUUUUGGUAAAACAAAGUGUGGUUUCAGUUGUACCGGAGGGACCGACAAUGCCAAGCUUGCCAAUGAAAUAGACCUUUUUGAUGCAAUCGAUGAAAGUCAAUCCAAACAUAAACGCACAGAUCGCUCAGUCUUGUGCUAUCUACGGAAAGCACAGCCGGGGAAGGCAUGGCCAAGGCUAACGAAAGAGAAGGCUAAGCUGAGUUGGCUAAGUGUUGACUUUAACAACUGGAAGGACUGGGAAGACGACUCCGAAGAGGAAAUGGGCAACUUUGAUCAGUUCUCUGAUAUGAUGAACAACAUGGGGGGUGAGGAUGACCUGGCUGAUCUAGAUGGGGCAGAUGAUGAUGAGUCUGCAGAUAGUGAUGAUGAGAAAAUGCCAGACUUGGAGUAGAAGACACGAAGACUUUGUGAAGAAACUGAAACAAAAAGGGGACAAGAGGAAUCUUAAUAAAUGUAUAUCUGGAAACUGAAGGCAGUGACAAACUGCUGUACAUAUGAGUCAGUAGCUAUAUUUAAAUCCAUAGCCUCAGCUCCAAACUUCUUUGACUAGUCUACUUAAGGUUGAUUUGCAUGGUAUUUGUACAGAGCAGCUACUUCCAUGUCCAUUUGCUGUACUACACCUUUUGGGUAUUUUGUUUCAAUGUUUGAAAAGUUACUACCAGGCUCAUAUUUUACCUGUCGGGAAAGAAAACUGUACUUGUACUCAUCUGAGCAAAUCACAAUAAGAGAUUUACAAAUAGUUUUUAAACCAUGUAUGGUUUAAAAUGGUCAGGCAAACUUCUUCCUAACGGUGUGGUCUUAAGUUAGUCAACCGGUGUAGCAGAUCUGAGUAAAACAUAAAUUUAGUGAUUGGGCUCCAUGAUCUGUUAGAAAUUUGGGACAUGCAUCAACAGCUUACACGUACCCUUGUUAAAUAUUUGUAAAAUUUAAAUAUGCAUCUUUCGAGUGAUCUACUUUAAUUCUGUUUUCCAUAGUUGACAGCGUUGUCUUCGUACCCACCUCACUUAGACACAUUUCACAGGACAGGCUCAGUGAAAUGUCACAGCUGAUUAAAGGCUAGUUUGGCCCCAGCAUUAUGUGGUUUGUUACUAUCCUCCAGGUUCGUUGGUUUAUCUUUUGUCCCUCGCUGGUGAGAGGGUGUCUGAACAAAACAGCAGCAGCAGCGUUAGAUGACCAAAUCAUAUUUGCACUGUUGGACGAAAAAUGCAAGGGGAGACGAGUAAUGUUCAAUUACAGUGGAAAUUCUUCGUUUUGUUUUUUUAACUGUCUACAUCUUUCUAAUAAACUGUUUAAGAAUCA